UUUUAUUUGUUACAUAGAAAAUAUGCAGGGUGGGCCUCAAUCUCCAAGCUGCGCUCCAUUCUGAUGCAUCCACUCGUAGACGACUAAAUCCAAGUAAAGCACGUCUUCGUUUUCCUCGUCUGAGCACCAAACUGUACGGCUGGAUAGCUCCAGCAUUGCUCACCAUUUCUGUUUCACAGUAAUGUUAGGUUGGGGUUGCGAAGGGCUGUAAGCAAGCGGGAGAGCGUGCAAACAGAGAGCUUAGUUAUGGGUGAUGGGAAGAAGACGUGGUGUUGCUUCGCACCAACCACCCCGUCCACAAAUCAGAGGUGAAUUUUAUAUUAACUCCUGCCGCUCUGCAGAAACUGUGUCCCAUAAACUACAGUUUUAUUCAUUUUGGCUAAAAAAGGCAGAAUCAUGGGUGUUUUAUGUGGCCAAACUAAUGGCUUGUUUUUUUAAGUUUGUUUGUUGCCUCAUCCCAAAAUGCAGUUAAAAAAAUUGAUUGCUCUAAAUCAGCUUACAAAUCAAUUAAAAAUUUGCUUAGUUUCCCUUUUUUCGGCAAGCCCAUGAAAAAUUCCUACAAUGACAAAAAAUGUAGAUGUGUUUUCAAUUUCUUUGACAGUUAUAUCUAAUGAUCUGCUUCAUUUUCUUUUUCCUGAAAGAUUUCUUAAAUGUUUUUUUUUCUCCCAAAAUGUACAGGAAAAGCCUGCAGAGACAAUCUACUUGGGUUCAUUGAGCGGGCUGACCCAUUUAGCUCGAACCUCAUCAACUAACAUUAGCAUAAUAUAUUUAUAUAGAAAUUAUGGAUUUUCCAAUUAUGACGGGGCCAAUUAAGGCAGAGUAUGACAGCAUGGGGUACGGUUUUGAAGACAGAUGACUGAUUGUAAAAUAUCACUUUUGAAGAACUCACCUUUAAAAAUACAUAUAUUAUCAAUAUAUAAAAUAUUAUAUAUAUAUAUAUGAAAUUGUAUUCAUUGUUAUGUAUGUAUACAGUUUUAUAUUUAUAUGUGCAAGUAUGUGUUAUUGUAGUCUGUUCGUGGAUUAUCUCGUGAAAGGGAACUAGCAUGAAUGGUUUUUCUAAAUAAAAUUGAAUGGCCGUCUGACAGAAUGCGAGCUUGAAGGGGAUGAAUGAGCACGCGCGCUGUAAAUGACAGGAAGUAAGACGCUGCCACGAGCCGUUCAGGUGCGUGUGCCUAUCGCAGCCGCCAGGAGGCGGUGUUUGUUUCCCCCGGAAUAAAAAGCGCUCCUCUCCAGACCGAUUGAUCACAUGCUGGGAAAGGUUGGAAGUGGCGCCUUCAUGUCACAUGUGCGCACCGACAAAAGUGAAUGGCACGCGGGCGCAGGAGUGACACCGAUGCGGGCAGAGAGACGGGGAGCUCACUAUCGCUGAUGAGGAUGAAGCCCCUCGCUGAGGGGCAGAGGAGCAAAUAGAGGAGCUGUGGAGAGGAUGAGCAUGAAAGCCGCGGGAGGUUUUACUUUCCAAACACCGGCGGCUCCAUUAUCCGCUCCUUAGGACUCACGGGGGGAGUCAGCUCGGGCUGAAUUCAAGCACGGAAAAAGUUCGGAGACCGCAGAGCCUACAAUGCUUCAAAAUGGGUCUCACCUGAACACCUCCUCGCAGGACCCCGUCCUGGGCCGCCCGCCGUGGGUCACCACAACUUUAGGGUGCUUCCUCAUCUUCACUAUCGUCGUCGACAUUCUUGGCAAUCUGUUGGUCAUCUUCUCCGUGUACCGGAACAAAAAGCUGAGGAACGCAGGAAACAUCUUUGUGGUGAGCCUUGCAGUGGCAGACCUUGUGGUGGCUAUCUAUCCAUACCCCCUGGUCCUCACUUCCAUUUUCAACAAUGGCUGGAACCUGGGAUCUGUCCAUUGUCAAAUCAGCGGCUUCCUCAUGGGUGUCAGCGUCAUCGGCUCCAUCUUCAACAUCACCGCCAUCGCCAUCAACAGAUACUGCUAUAUAUGUCACAGCCUCAAAUACGACAAGCUGUACAGCGACAAAAACUCAGUGUGCUAUGUGAUUUUAAUAUGGGCGUUGACUGUGGUGGCCAUCGUACCCAACCUGUUUGUGGGUUCACUCAAGUAUGACCCCCGAGUUUAUUCCUGCACCUUCGAACAGUCGGCCAGCUCAGCGUAUACAAUCGCAGUGGUGUUUUUUCAUUUUAUUUUACCCAUCAUGAUUGUCACCUACUGCUAUUUGCGCAUUUGGAUAUUGGUGAUCCAGGUUAGAAGAAGGGUCAAACCAGACAACCGACCAAAGCUAACACCGCACGAUGUUAGAAACUUUGUCACCAUGUUUGUUGUCUUUGUGCUCUUUGCUGUCUGCUGGGCACCCCUCAACUUCAUCGGACUGGCUGUAGCAAUCAAACCGGAGGUGGUGGUUCCCUUAAUCCCGGAGUGGUUAUUUGUGGCCAGCUACUUCAUGGCCUACUUCAACAGCUGCCUUAACGCCAUUGUGUACGGUGUGCUGAACCAGAACUUCCGGCGGGAGUACAAACGCAUCGUAGUGUCUGUGUGUACGGCUCGCAUCUUCUUCCAGGACAGCUCCAACGAUGCAGGGGAGAGGCUCAAAAGUAAACCCUCACCGCUCAUGACCAACAAUAACCAGGUCAAAGUGGAGUCCGUCUGAAGCAGAAGACAGACAGAUACGCCGUGUUUUCAUUUAUUUUUUCUAAGAAGCUGAGUGACAAACAAACCAAAUAGCUACACAAAGCAGCUUGUUCUGUGAGCUGUCCAGACUGUCAUAUCGUACGGUGCUAUUUUACCUCUGAGAACAAUCACAGUAAGAAAAAGAGAGGAUAGGAAUCUCUAUUCAAGCACUUUGACUCUGCAGUACAUGUAGUACAGUGAAAAUAUGAUGUCUGUUUUGUUUUUAUGUUUACAGUGAUGAGAUAAAUGUAUCACACAUAAUACACUUUAAAUAUUUAUUUUGUAUCAGAUGUCAUGUAGAUAUGUAGUAAAAAUAUUUCUGGUUCUGGGUAAGUAAAGAAAAGUUUUGAGAGGCCAAUAGCACAUUUAUAUAAAAGAUUUGUUGAAAAUGUUACUUUAUAUAUGAUCUCAUUUAAUGACUUCAAAAAGUGUAGGCAAAGCUGCUUAUCCUACAGCAGUGUCCAUAUACAGUAGGUGAAAUAUUGCAUUUAUUAAGACAGCUAUAUACUGUAUGCAUGAAUAUCAGGAGUUAUCCAUAUUCAAAAUAAAAAUCUCAUAUUGAUGAUUAUUGAUAAAUCUGAUCAGAGUCUAUUUUCCGUCUGUGCCUUUCUUUUUUACCUUGUUUUGACUUUUGGGGUGUUUUUCUUUUAAGUUGUUAAAUAUAACCCGGUAAAAUAAGAUACUUACUUUUUGGUGGUGGAUUAAAUAAACCUUUCACAAAAAUGCAAUUCUUUCCAUUGAUUGAAUAGAGAUUUAACACGUUAGGCCAAAGGUUGAGGAAAUAUUUGAUUCAGUCUCUGUUUUUAACCCCUUUACACCGAAGCUUUAGGUCAAGUGUUUACAUUAUUUCAACUACUAACACUUACACAAUUAACAUAUUUCCCCUGAAUUCUGAAGUGGAGAAAAGCAGCCAUGUGUUGAUAUGCAAUCAAUGUAUAUCAGAUCAUUCUGUUCCGGACAAAAGCGAAUACGAGAAGUUCCGGUAUGUCAAAGAUCGCUGGUUAUUUAGGUGUCAUUUUGGUUGGUAAAGGGUUAUCUGACAUAGAACCAAGUUACAAAAAAUAAAUUCUGUUUCUUCAAAGAUCUUUAAAAGGCGUAUCGUAUUGUACAUCAGAAGCAAAAAAAAAAAAAAAAAA